AUCCCGAGUUCAAUUUGAAAGGAAGAGGCCGAGAGAACUGACACGUUGAACACCGGCUCUAAGCGUUAUAGUAUUCCUCUCGUGCUUGCUUGCUUGAGGUCCUGAAAACAAAAUGGAGGAUUCUGGACGAGAUGAUUGGGGAGGUGAGAGCGAGCAGGAUGCCGGAGGAUGGGACCGUUAUUCAGACAAGGACUCGGGCAGGGACCGCUACUCCAGUGGUGGUCGGAACAGCAGAAAGCCUGGAGAUUGGGACUGCCCAAGCUGCAAAUUCAUCAACUAUGCAUCACGCACAGCUUGCUUGAAGUGCCGGAUCCCGAAGGAUAUGGACUCCUUUGGCUCUGGAGGACGAGUAGGUGGUGGCGGAGGUGGGAUCCGCGAUAUGCGACCCGGGGACUGGAUUUGCCCCGAGUGCAAAUACCAUAACUUCUCUUCGCGUGGAAUUUGCAACAAGUGUCCUUGCCCCAGAGAUGUUGCAGGGGGUGACUUCUCUAGCCCUCGUGGUGGUGGUGGUGGCGGAGGCGGCAGCAGGCCUGGAGAUUGGGAUUGCCCACAUUGUUCAUUUAGCAACUAUGCACACCGUGGUUUCUGCUACAGGUGCAAAGUCCCCAGAGAGGGUGGUCGUGCUCGGCCUGGUGACUGGGAAUGCAGUGACUGCAAGUUUCUGAACUUUGCUUCAAGGAGCCAGUGCAUGAAGUGCUCUAGCAGGAAAUGUGACUAAGCAUAGAGGGCACAAAAGAUAUGCACUCCUUAAUAUUGCUGAGAGAUUCCCCUUCACCAAGAGACCAACCUAUGUUCACAAGGCAGAUGCUCGCCACCAAACCCAAAUGAUUGAAAAGCAAUCCAUUCAUCAUUUGUGAUUUGAAAAAAAAGAAAAAAAGAAAAGAAAAAAACAGUAAAUUGUAUCAGUUUCGCUAUUUGAAUACCCGGUUAAAAAGUUUUGCCAGGAUUGCUCAAAAGUGUGGUAUUACAGAUCUCUUUUUUGCUCAAUAUUCAUGAUUACAAUGUGGGUCUAGAGUUGAAUUUCUUAGCUAGUCAUUGUUAACAGAGUUGAUAGUUAUCUUAUUGAUGCUUGAGGUCUUGAUCAACUAGUGAUUUAUGCUCUAUUCCCAACCACAAAGAGGAAACAUGAUAAUCAUGCAUGUUGAGAUGAUUAAGGUCGAUAUAUAUACACUGCCAGACACUUCCCCUUCCCCUCCCUCUUUGUGCUACAAAAUGUAUAGGAAAGAGGAACACAAGUAAAUUUAAUUUCUCCUACCCCAGCACCUCCCUCCCUCCCUCCCUCCCUCCCUUGUUUUAGAUAUCAAAGAAUGUAAUUUUGGUUGGUAUGAUCUACAAGCUAAUUUUAUUUUCUAUUUUCAUUUUUAUUUUUUUCACGUCACAUACAAGGAAUGGUUUCUAACUUGUUUGUAUUCUUAAUUAAAAAACAAAAAAAACAAAAAAACAAAAACAAAAAAAAGGGGCAAAUACUGGACAUGAAACCUGAGGUGCAUAGGAGUCCUUUGCCAUUUAGGUUAAUAGAUUACGAGUUGUAUAGUGUAAAUUAACCAUUGAAUGGAUAAGAACUCCGCAUGCAAAAAUAGGGUCCACUUAAACUAUGUAUUGUUUAAUGUCCAUUAUGUUAAUGUCAAAGGAUAUUUUUCUUUUUCAUUUUUUCAUUUUUUUUUUUUUUUAUUAACUUCAGAAUAUAAUUACCUAAGUUCCCUAUGUACUUGCUUUUGAUUAAUGUAAUAUAGGUUAACAAUCAUGUGUGUUUUAAAUGAUUCACUAUCUUGCUGGAAGGCUCUUCUUGAUGCUGUACCUGAUUACCCAAGAAAAGCGUAUAAAAAGAUUUAUUUUAGUAUUAGAGAUUUGUAUCCCAACAGUGUGAAGUAUGUCAGUGGUCACAUUGUCAUUAACAUUUUUAAAGAAGAUAUUCACUUUAUUUUUUUAUUUUCAUUUUGGUUCUGAUAAGUGGGCUGGUUAUUAAGUAUUGUGAAUACUUUUUAUUAUUUUUUUUUUAAUUUACAAUCAUGAUAAAAAAAAAAAUCUUAAUGAUAAAAAAAAUUUAAAAAGAGAUUUUAUAAGAGACAGUAGCAGGUUAGAAUUUUGUAAGUCAGGGAGACAAACCAUUGGUAGCUUUUGUAUUGGGUCGUGAGUAAUGAAGAUAAUAAAUUUCAAGCAAGCAGUUAUGUAGUAUGAACCCUUUUUCCACCAUAACUUUGUGGGUGCAUAUGAAGUGUCUUCCCAGCGUAUACAUGAUCGUUUGUCCCCUCACCCUUUAAUUUUGUAUUGAGAAGACAUGGUUACUUGGCUUGAGUGAAGUUGGCAUUCCCAGAAUUGUGUGCAUGUCAAGAUAUACAACAUUGAGAAGGAAUUUCAUGAAAUAUUAAUGAA